GCACACCUAGCUAGGCUUGUAACCUUUCAAUAUAUUCUCAGUAUUUCGAAAUACCAUUGUCAGCCGAGUUGUUCGUAAGCGUCUGUGGGGUUUGCAAUUCGGCGAGGAAAAAGGGAGACCGUUUCGGUACCUGAAUGAAGACAAUGAGGGCUUUGUUGGGAGCUCUGGUGUUGACAGUUAUUGUCUCCCCCUGGCGUGCAUAUGGAUAUUCAUCCUUCCAGGCACGUAUUCCAAAUGGAGACAGAGUACGUGACCCUUGUGAUGGCGUGACAAUCUGGCAGGGAGUGGGUCAUCAAGGAAUGGGCGGAGGAGGACCUAGGAACCCUUUCGGAUUGGAUUUCUACAACAAUGGCAUGGUAUGGAACAGCACCAUUUGUCUGAUGGACUCGGAUAGUGAUGGAACGUCGAACGGCGCAGAGCUUGGUGACCCCAACUGUGAAUGGACUCCGGGGUCAAAUCCAACAAAUGCGCCAACCGGACAUCCGGGCCUGUGUGAGCCAUGGAGUGAGCCGAUGUGUUUAGAGAAGAAUACGUUUCAUUCGUGUCAGACUCCUGAACUCGCGUGUGACGCCAUCAACGAUCCAGACGUUCGGGAUUUCGCUGUUAGAUUUCCGGAGACACCAGUUCCUUCAAAAGAAACAUCGUAUAUGUGCAUGAAUUUUGCCUUGCCUGCUGACCAGGAUUAUCACGUGAUCGCUGAUAAAGGAUUGAUUAACAACGAGUUCGUCAUGCAUCACAUCAUUAUCUACGCAUGUCCAACUGACGUUGAACUUAACGAUUUGGUCAACCCGUUGAAUACUCCCUACGCCUGUGGUAUGGCUGGAGAAGUACGGUGUCAGGAAAUCAUAGCGAUGUGGAGUGUUGGCAUACCUGGGUUUUGUCAUAACGAAAACGCUGGGUUCAGAAUAGGGCCAAACGGAUACAAAUACGCUUCAAUGCAGAUGCAUUGGAACAACCCGUCAGAGAGGAGUGACUACAAUGACAGUUCUGGAAUGACUCUGUUUUACACUCCUGUAUUACGGCCAUACAACCUGGGAAAUUUGAUGAUUGGCGAACAUUAUUUCCGUAUCCCGCCUGGAGAAACACGCUAUGUUGUGGAAUCAGAAUGUAGUUCCUCUUGCUCCGCACGAUUCAUGAACGGCUCUAUUAACGUAAUCAGCGGAAUUAACCACAUGCAUUAUAUGGGUAGACAAAUGACUACCUACCUUACACCUGACGGUGGAGAUAUGCAGGCCAUUAUGCAUGACGAGCAUUUUAGCUACGACAACCCUGUAAUCCACACAUUUCAAACUCCGUUGCAAGUAAGACCCGGAGACGUACUGAAGACAAGAUGCUCGUUUACUUCUUCACAUAAAGCUGUAACAACCACCAGCGGAGAAGCUACUUCACAGGAAAUGUGUUAUGCAUUCUUGUUUUACUACCCCAAAGAAUCAUUUCGGACAAGGCAAUGCACUACUUUAAUGGGUCUGCCAGGAUGUUCAGUGAAUCACCAAACCGAUUUAGUAGACGGAUGCCAAAUCCAGUCUUUCUUAGCAAACCAAACGAUGUUUCAAGACAUAUUUAAAGAGCUCACAGUGCGAUGCGAAGCAUUUUCCUGUCGUAAAGAAUGCAAAACCUACAUCAAGGAAUUGAGAAAAGAUCCUUGCAUGCAAGGCAGGGUAGAAUAUUACGUCACGCGUGUUCUCAGCAUCUACGUUGCAGUAAAUGAAAUGGCCCUCUACCACUCGUGCGAUGCUGAGAUUGCCCGGGAGGCUGCCGAACCGUGUACCUGUACAACACAGGCACCAAGACCGUGUGUUGAAUACACCGGAACUGCUGCUUCUCACCAGAUGUCGCUUUAUCUGCUUCUGGUAACGAUGGCUGCAAUAUAUCUAAAGUAAUCCCAAACGAUUCCUCAUUUCACAGAAUACAUCUACAUUACACAUAUCGAAAUACAUAAACGGAAGAAGUUUUUGCUAAUCAUCGGUACACUUAGAGUGGAUUAGCUAGUUUAGUAAUAUCAUUUUUCAAUUACGUCAGAAUGUCGAUAUCCAUUUAAUCAAACAUAUCAUCAUGGUUGGGUCAAUCUCGGAAGCAAACGGGCAUCUGAACAAAAUGCGACAGAAAUUUAGACGUCUGCUGAUUGUUAAUCUUUUUUUACUUUGUGAUGCAAAGUGGAAAGUUAUACAUUUUUUUGCAUUCAUUUUACAGUUUAGUGUUAAUGAAGCACAUUAGAUUAUUGACAAAAUAAGACACGAUUAUGGUACAAAAACACAAAAACCUCUCAUUUUUUGUAUUUGUUUAAGAAAAGGCAAUUAUUUUCUUUGAACCCGCUAGCUUUGUUUAAAUAGCAUCAUUGCAGAACUGUUAAUAUUAUAUAUAUGUAUAUGUAUAUAUUUGUAUUAAAAUUUUAACUUUUAUAUGCAUAUCCAAUAACACAAGUUUUGUAUAGUCAAAACAACAUCAUUCACUUAAAAUCAAACAUCAUGUAUAGUUAUUAUCUUUGCCCACUCAAAUAACGAAAACAAGCACUUGUAUGCUUGCAUUUUCUGUUAUGACAUUAACUUCAUUUUCCAAAAAAAUGUAAAUUAGAAAAAGGUUUAACACAGGACAUAUUUGACUACCCACUAAUGUACAUCCUUAAGUAUAUUAUUAAACGAUCGCCAAUGAGUAAGAUGUGUUAAAUGGUUAUACAACUUGAUACAAAUUUUGAAGCUAUCAAAGGUGACAUAGGCUUCAAUAUAGGCAUAUGAAGAGGUAAAAUAUUAAACAGUGUUACAAACAAUUGCGGUUUACCAAAUAUGCAUUACUACAGAGGCGCGCCGAUUCUCCGUCUCUGUCGUUGCUAAACAUAAGAUCGAGAUAAAUACAUUUCCAUUCAUACUUUAUGUAAGUCUGACGAACAACAUCGAAUCGUGCUACCAUUUGCACAAACUGUAUCAUGCACAAUAUACUAUAGUCAUUACACUUAUUCCACAUUUACAUACAUGUUAACAUCUAUAAUAGUAUGUUGUGCUAUAGUGAAAAGUCCAUUUGUCAUCAUUUAUGACAAUUUGCGUUGUUUCAUAUUAUUGGGUCUCAUUAAGGUAUAUAUUUGUUUCAAUUUACGCAAUAUAAUGUUACAUAAAAUAUACAUUACUAUAACGUUAAUUUGUGCCCUACAUCUUGAUAAAAUCAUUUAACUAUGUUGUUAUCUAAUUUUGAACUAAAUUUCUUAAACCCAUGUCCAUGUAUCUUAUAGUAAACGUAUUUGCUUACUAGUUUUCAUGAUACAAGGUAGUAAAUGUUAAAUGAUGAUGUACAUAAUGUUUUCAAAAAUAAUAUUCUCAUUUAGUUUUGGUUGAAAUCAAUGAAACUACAUUAAUGCAUGGUCUUACCUUUCUUCGGUAGUAUUGUUUUUUCGGCGUGCUCGCUCUCCCAUAGGGACCGUUUUGGGUGCUGUUUUUGAGAAAUUGUCCUCAAAGACCUUUAUAUCAGAAUCUGGAAGAUUUGAUGGUAAUUAGAUGAAUCAAAAUAUCUCAAUUAUAUUGUGGACAUCAUACAGUGAACAUCAUAUCUUAAAAUAAAUGUUUCAUUAUAUGUUGCAAUUGGAAAAGGAAGGUUCUGAUGACAAAUAUAUAAAAAUUGACAGCUCCAAUUUUCAAUUUGGAACUCCUUGGAGUAUUGUAUAGUCAUCGUUGUUAUGUGCAGGAGACUUCCAUCAUUCUAUGAUGAUAGAUUUUACGAAAACUGAAGAUUAAGCAAAUGGUAGGAGGCCGUUGGCCCCUUGUCGAUGUACAGUAUCAGUUGAGAUUUGUGUGUGAAUUAAUUGGUGUAGAUCUUAUACUGUAGGGCCAAAUAACCUGUAUAUUUCCUUGUUGAAUGAAGUGACAUGUUCACCUGUUAUCGAAAUCCACAAAGCAUGUUUUAUAAAAAUAUUUUGUUGCUGUAAAUAAAUUAUUUUUUUAUUA